GGGAAGGGGCGAGGCUCCCCGGCGGCCGCGGUACAAGAGCGCAGCCCUGCGCGGGGCGCGGCCACUCGCAGCGCUCCGCCGCCCGCGCCGCACCGGACGGCUCGGUCGGGACCCGCCGCCGCCAGGAAUCCGCCGCCGGGUCGGGUCGGGCAGGACCGGCGCCGCGCCGGGCAUGGCCGCGCCGGGGAGCUGAGAGCCGCGGACCCGCAGGCUGGGAAGGUGAAACGACGAUUGCUGAAAGGUCCACAAGUGAAGGCAGAGGAAUUCCUGGGGCGGUUCCAGCCAGGACCAGAGUCCCAGCAAGAUGGAGAAGGAAGAGGAGACCCGGGAGAUCCUGCUCCCCAACUGGCAAGGCAGCGGCUCCCAUGGGAUCACCAUUGACCAGACUGACGAUGGAGUCUUCGUGAAGCAAGUGCAGCAGAACUCCCCCGCUGCCAAAAUGGGAGUUGUGAAGGAAGGGGAUCAGAUUGUGAGUGCUACAAUCUAUUUUGACAACUUGCAGUCUGGGGAAGUCACGCAGCUGCUCAACAGCAUGGGCCACCACACCGUGGGUCUGCGUUUGCAGCGAAAGGGGGACAAGUCUCCACUGCCGGGACAGUCAUGGUCACACGAUGUGUUUGCGGCCAGCAGCCCAGAAGUUGUUCUGAGUGGAGAUGAUGAAGAGUACAGGAGGAUUUACACGAAGAAAAUUAAACCACGACUGAAGUCAGAUGAUGCAGUAGAAAUAGAGUCUGGCGGAACGCAGAGCAGGACCAUUACGGUCACCAGAAAGGUAACAGCAUACACUGUCGAUGUUAGUAGGCAUGAAGGAGCAAAAGAUAUUGACGUCACCAGCCCGGACUUUAAAAUCAGGAUCCCAAAACAGGAAAUCACCCAUGUCACAAAGACUGAUGUUGAAACAGAGCCUGGGAAAACUGUGAUCAAAAUUGCAUCAGGAGAUUUGUCUGGGAAAAACAUCCAAACAACAGACUUGAGUACGGACAUCAGGGGGGCCUCUCCUGGCAUUUCAUACACUGGACCGACAACUGAAUCCUCAGCCAGGAAGGUGGAUGCCCACGUGGGCAAGGCUGAGGUUGGAAAGCCUGAGAUAACUGUUUCGGGAACGCAAGUCACAGGUGUUCACCUGAGGACUCAGAUGGACUCUAAACUGUCAGAGAUCCAAGUUCCGGGUGGGCAAAUCGGAAAAUCGGUUACAAUGGAGGUGCCGGGACUUAAUGUUUCUGGCACUGGGUUCCAUGGCCCAGAGGGCAGCUUUCCCAGAACUCAUGCAAAUGGACAGAUGGGAAACCUGGAUGCAGAUUUUCAUGCUAAGGGCCCCAGACUGGAUGGUAAAAUGCAUGUUUCUGGCAUGGAUAUCCAAAGAGAACUGCCAGGGGGCAAAUGGUCACAAGCUGAUAUUUCUGGCCCUAGUGUUCAGGGAGAUAUCAAAACCCCUGGAGCAGAUGUUACUUUACCAGUGGUUGAAAGUCCAGAUGUUGAUGUUGGAAAAAUAAAGAUUCCUGCUAUGAAAAUGCCCAAAUUUGGGUUCUCCACUGGGGAUUCUGGCAUCGAUGCUCAAGCUACGCAUGGAGGUGUGGACAUUCCCAUGCCAAAGGUCCAAACUCCUCACAUGGAUGUUCCUGCCCAAUCUGUCCAUAUCAUGGGCUCCAAAGUUUCAUCUACUUCAGGGGAAGGGGUUAAAGUCACAAAGCCACAGGUGGAUAUGGGGCUGAAGGGUGCUGUGAAACUCCCUUCUCCAGCACUGGAAGUCCCUGGAGUGGAUAUCAAAGGACCCAGCACAGAGCUCCUAGCUCCUGACAUAGACAUCCAAGGUGGCAGAGGAAAACUAAAAAUACCCCAUAUGACAUUUCCAAAAUUUACUGAAUUGGACUCCAAAGGGGAAGGUUCUACUGUGGAAGUGGUGCUUCCAAAGGGGGAGAUGGGACCGGCAGCAUCCGAGGUACAUGUUGACGCUCCUGAUGUGGCCAUCAAAGGAGAAUGGAAAGCUCCCAAAUUCAGGAAGACUGAAAUGCCUAAAAUAUCUGUGUCUGAUGUAAACCUGAAUCUGAAAGGCACUCACCUGAAGGGAGAUGCAAGUGUCACAGUCCCAAGAAUGGAAGGGGAUAUCAAAGGACUUGGCUUUGACUCAGAAGGUCCCAAGAUCGAUGUUAAGGCUCCUGAUGUUGAAUUUGAAUGUCCAGAAGGUUACUUGAAAGGGCCUGGUAUUUCAGUGCCUUCCAAAGUAUCCAUGCCAGAUGUGGACAUUAAUGUGAAGGGACCUCAGAUGAAGGGAGAGGUGGAUCUUUCUAUCCCAAAGAUGGGUGGCAACUUGAAAGGACCUCGGAUGGAUAUUAAAGGCCCGAAAUUGGGAAUGGACAUGCCUGACACAGACAUCAAAGGCCCCAAAGUUACAAUGCCAGAGAUGCAUGUCAAGGCCCCGCAAAUCUCCAUGCCUGACAUCGACUUGAAUCUGAAAGGCCCCAAAGUGAGAGGAGACCUAGAUGUUUCUGGCCCCAAACUGGAAGGGGAGCUGAAGGCACCUGGACUUGACAUCAAAGGCCCCAAAGUUGACCUUGAAGCACCAGAUGUGGGCAUUCAUGGCCCAGAAGGUAAACUGAAGAUGCCUAAGCUGAAAAUGCCCAAGUUUGGGGUGCCCGGCCUGAAGGGAGAGGGCCCUGAUGUUGAUGUGGCGCUGCCAAAGGGUGAGGUGGAUGUUUGUGGUCCCAGUGUAGGCGUAGAUGUGCCAAGCUUGGACAUUAAAGGGCCAGAAGGAAAACUGAAAGGCCCCAAGCUGAAAAUGCCCGAGAUGCACAUUGGUGCACCGAAGGUCUCUGUGCCAGAUGUUGAUCUGAAUUUGAAAGGCCCCAAAGUGAAGGGUGACGUGGAUGUCUCCAUUCCCACGGUAGGUGCUGAUUUGAAGGGUCCCAAAUUAGAGCUCAAAGGCCCUGGAGUUGACCUUGAAGCACCAGACGUGGACCUUCAUGGCCCAGAGGGUAGACUGAAGAUGCCUAAACUGAAAAUGCCCAAGUUUGGGGGGCCUGGCCUCAAAGGAGAGGGGCCAGAAGUGGAAGCGAAACUUCCUAAGGGAGGUAUAGAAGUCUCUGGUCCAAAGGUAGAUGCUGACAUUGCUAGCUUAGACAUCAAAGGCCCUGAAGGAAAACUCAAAGGCCCCAAAGUUACGAUGCCAGAGAUGCAUGUCAAGGCCCCGCAAAUCUCCAUGCCUGACAUCGACUUGAAUCUGAAAGGCCCCAAAGUGAGAGGAGACCUAGAUGUUUCUGGCCCCAAACUGGAAGGGGAGCUGAAGGCACCUGGACUUGACAUCAAAGGCCCCAAAGUUGACCUUGAAGCACCAGAUGUGGGCAUUCAUGGCCCAGAAGGUAAACUGAAGAUGCCUAAGCUGAAAAUGCCCAAGUUUGGGGUGCCUGGCCUGAAGGGAGAGGGCCCUGAUGUUGAUGUGGCGCUGCCAAAGGGUGAGGUGGAUGUUUGUGGUCCCAGUGUAGGCGUAGAUGUGCCAAGCUUGGACAUUAAAGGGCCAGAAGGAAAACUGAAAGGCCCCAAGCUGAAAAUGCCCGAGAUGCACAUUGGUGCACCGAAGGUCUCUGUGCCAGAUGUUGAUCUGAAUUUGAAAGGCCCCAAAGUGAAGGGUGACGUGGAUGUCUCCAUUCCCACGGUAGGUGCUGAUUUGAAGGGUCCCAAAUUAGAGCUCAAAGGCCCUGGAGUUGACCUUGAAGCACCAGACGUGGACCUUCAUGGCCCAGAGGGUAGACUGAAGAUGCCUAAACUGAAAAUGCCCAAGUUUGGGGGGCCUGGCCUCAAAGGAGAGGGGCCAGAAGUGGAAGCGAAACUUCCUAAGGGAGGUAUAGAAGUCUCUGGUCCAAAGGUAGAUGCUGACAUUGCUAGCUUAGACAUCAAAGGCCCUGAAGGAAAACUCAAAGGCCCCAAAGUUACGAUGCCAGAGAUGCAUGUCAAGGCCCCGCAAAUCUCCAUGCCUGACAUCGACUUGAAUCUGAAAGGCCCCAAAGUGAGAGGAGACCUAGAUGUUUCUGGCCCCAAACUGGAAGGGGAGCUGAAGGCACCUGGACUUGACAUCAAAGGCCCCAAAGUUGACCUUGAAGCACCAGAUGUGGGCAUUCAUGGCCCAGAAGGUAAACUGAAGAUGCCUAAGCUGAAAAUGCCCAAGUUUGGGGUGCCCGGCCUGAAGGGAGAGGGCCCUGAUGUUGAUGUGGCGCUGCCAAAGGGUGAGGUGGAUGUUUCUGCUCCCAAGGUAGAUGUAGAUGUGCCAAGCUUGGACAUUGAAGGGCCAGAAGGAAAAGUAAAAAGUCUCAAAUUUAAAAUGCCUGAACUAAAUAUUCAGACACCUAAAAUCUCCAUGCCAGAUGUAGAUCUCAGUUUGAAGGCCCCCAAACUGAAAGGAGAUGUAGAUAUUUCUGGUCCGAAGACCCAUGGAGACCUCAAGGGGCCCAAAAUGGAUGUGGAAGGUCCCAAAGUGGAUGUUGGUGUGUCUGAUGUAGACUUGGAAUGCCCAGAAGCGAAAAUAAAAGGCCCCAAAUUUAAAAUGCCUAAGCUUAACAUCAAAGCACCUAAAAUAUCCAUGCCUGAUGUCGAUCUGAACCUAAAGGGGCAUAAGGUGAGAGGAGAGAUGGAUGUUUCUGCUUCGACGAUAGAAGGUGACUUCAAAGAGCCUGGUGUUACUAUUAAGGGUCCAAAAAUAGAUGUUGAAGUUCCAGAUGUUGACCUGGAAUGUCCAGAAGCCAAACUAAAAACGCCUAAAGUAAAGUUGCCUCAUUUCAAUGUGUCUGGCCCCAAGUUUGAGGGGGCUGACAUAGAUGUAAAUCUGCCAAAAGGCGAAAUGGAUAUUUCCGGACCAGAGGCAGACCUAGACACUGAAGGACCAGAAGGAAAAUGGAAAGGACCUAAGUUCAGGAUGCCAAAGCUGAACAUUAGAACACCUAAAAUAUCCAUGCCGGAUGUAGAUUUGAACAUAAAAGGACCUAAAAGUAAAGGAGAAAUGGAUAUUACAGUUCCUAAGAUAGAAGGUAAUUUGAAAGGGCCAGAAAUAAAUAUCAAAGGGCCCAAACUUGAUGUUGAGGCACCUGAUAUUGACUUGGAGUGCCCUGAAGGAAAACUGAAAGGUCCCAAAUUCAAGAUGCCAGACAUGCACAUCAAGGCACCCAAGAUCUCCAUGCCCGAUGUUGACUUAAAUCUGAAGGGCCCCAGAAUAAAAGGGGAUAUGGAUGUCUCAACUCCCAAGCUUGAGAGUGACCUGAAAGGUCCCGAGGUGGACAUCAAGGGCCCCAAAGUGGACAUUGAGGCACCCGACGUGGAUAUUCACGGCCCAGAAGGGAAAUUCAAGAUGCCCAAGUUCAAGAUGCCCAAGUUUGGGAUGCCGGGGCUGAAAGGAGAAGGCCCGGAGGUGGACGUGAGCCUACCGAAAGGAGACCUGGAUGUCUCUGGUCCGAAGGUGGAUAUUGAGUUGCCUGAUGUAGACGGUGAGGGUCCUGCAGGAAAUUUGAAAGGUCCCAAGUUUAAGAUGCCAGAAAUGCAUUUCAAUGUUCCCAAGAUCUCCAUGCCUGACAUUGAUCUGAACCUGAAAGGGCCCAAAGUGAAGGGGGCUGUUGAUGUUUCUGUUCCAACAUUAGAAGGUGAUUUGAAAGGACCCGAUUUGAAUAUUAAAGGUCCAAAACUAGAUGUAGACAUUUCUGAUCUUGAUAUCGAAGGUCCUGAGGGAAAAGGGAAAAGAUCCAAGAUUAAAAUGCCUGAAAUGCAUAUUAAGGCACCUAAAUUUUCAAUGCCUGAUGUAGACCUCAAUUUGAAAGGUCCCAAAGUAAAGGGAGAAAUGGAUGUGUCUGUACCAAAAACAGAGGGUGAUUUGAAGGAGGCAGAUUUGCACCUUAAAGAGCCCAAAAUGGACAUAGAAGUUCCUGACAUGGACAUUGAGGGCCCAGAAGGAAAGUUAAAGGGUCCCAAAUUUAAGAUGCCAGAGAUGCAUUUUAAAGCCCCCAAAAUCUCCAUGCCAGACUUUGAUCUGAACCUGAAAGGCCCCAAAGUGAAGGGGGAUGUGGACGUUUCUGUUCCAAAAAUCGAGGGCGAGUUGAAGGGCCCAGAAGUCGACAUCAAAGGCCCUAAACUGGAUCUCGAUGUUCCUGAUGUUGACAUGGAAGGCCCAGAAGGCAAACUGAAGGGCCCCAAAUUCAAGAUGCCUGAAAUGCACUUCAAGACACCAAAGAUCUCCAUGCCAGACAUUGAUCUGAACCUAAGAGGCCCUAAGCUGAAGGGGGAUUUGGAUGUUUCUGCUCCCAAACUAGAGGGUGACUUGAAAGGUCCAGAAGUGGAUAUCGGAGGUCCUAAACUGGACAUAGAAGCUCCUGAUGUGGAUAUUGAGGUCCCAGAGGGGAAGCUGAGAGGUCCCAAAUUUAAGAUGCCUGACAUGCAUUUUAAGGCUCCCAAGAUCUCCAUGCCGGACUUUGAUCUCAACCUGAAAGGUCCAAAAGUGAAGGGAGACAUGGAGGUUUCCAUUCCUGGGUUAGAGGGCAACCUGAAGGGGCCUGAGGUAAAUGUAAAAGGUCCAAAAUUGGAUGUGGAGGCCCCUGAUAUUGAGCUGGAAUGUCCAGAAGGAAAGGUAAAGGGUCCCAAGUUUAAGAUGCCGGACAUGCACAUCAAGGCACCCAAGAUCUCCAUGCCGGACAUUGACCUAAAUCUGAAGGGCCCCAAAAUGAAGGGGGAUGUUGACGUUUCUCUUCCCAAAUUAGAAGGGGACUUAAAGGGCUCGGAAAUUGACAUCAAAGGUCCAAAACUAAAUGUUGACAUUCCUGACGCUGAGCUAGAAGGCCCUGAAGGGAAACUGAAGGGCCCCAAGUUUAAGAUGCCGGACAUGCACAUCAAGGCACCCAAGAUCUCCAUGCCCGAUGUUGACUUUAACCUGAAGGGCCCCAAGCUGAAGGGCGAUGUGGACGUGUCCGUCCCUAAGCUUGAGGGCGAUCUGAAAGGUGCCGAGGUGGACAUCAAGGGCCCCAAAGUGGACAUUGAGGCACCCGAUGUGGAUAUUCACGGCCCAGAAGGGAAAUUCAAGAUGCCCAAGUUCAAGAUGCCCAAGUUUGGGAUGCCGGGGCUGAAAGGAGAAGGCCCGGAGGUGGACGUGAGCCUACCGAAAGGAGACCUGGAUGUCUCUGGUCCAAAGGUGGACAUUGAGGGUCCAGAGCUGGACAUUGAAGGGCCGGAGGGGAAGCUGAAGGGCCCCAAGUUUAAGAUGCCGGACAUGCACAUCAAGGCACCCAAGAUCUCCAUGCCCGAUGUUGACUUUAACCUGAAGGGCCCCAAGCUGAAGGGCGAUGUGGACGUGUCCAUCCCUAAGCUUGAGGGCGAUCUGAAAGGUGCCGAGGUGGACAUCAAGGGCCCCAAAGUGGACAUUGAGGCACCCGACGUGGAUAUUCACGGCCCAGAAGGGAAAUUCAAGAUGCCCAAGUUCAAGAUGCCCAAGUUUGGGAUGCCUGGCUUUAAAGGAGAAGGCCCGGAGGUGGACGUGAGCCUACCGAAAGGAGACCUGGAUAUCUCUGGUCCAAAGGUGGACAUUGAGGGUCCAGAGCUGGACAUUGAAGGGCCGGAGGGGAAGCUGAAGGGCCCCAAGUUUAAGAUGCCGGACAUGCACAUCAAGGCACCCAAGAUCUCCAUGCCCGAUGUUGACUUUAACCUGAAGGGCCCCAAGCUGAAGGGCGAUGUGGACGUGUCCGUCCCUAAGCUUGAGGGCGAUCUGAAAGGUGCCGAGAUGGACAUCAAGGGCCCCAAAGUGGACAUUGAGGCACCCGACGUGGAUAUUCACGGCCCAGAAGGGAAAUUCAAGAUGCCCAAGUUCAAGAUGCCCAAGUUUGGGAUGCCUGGCUUUAAAGGAGAAGGCCCGGAGGUGGACGUGAGCCUACCGAAAGGAGACCUGGAUAUCUCUGGUCCAAAGGUGGACAUUGAGGGUCCAGAGCUGGACAUUGAAGGGCCGGAGGGGAAGCUGAAGGGCCCCAAGUUUAAGAUGCCGGACAUGCACAUCAAGGCACCCAAGAUCUCCAUGCCCGAUGUUGACUUUAACAUGAAGGGCCCCAAGCUGAAGGGCGAUGUGGACGUGUCCGUCCCUAAGCUUGAGGGCGAUCUGAAAGGUGCCGAGGUGGACAUCAAGGGCCCCAAAGUGGACAUUGAGGCACCCGACGUGGAUAUUCACGGCCCAGAAGGGAAAUUCAAGAUGCCCAAGUUCAAGAUGCCCAAGUUUGGGAUGCCUGGCUUUAAAGGAGAAGGCCCGGAGGUGGACGUGAGCCUACCGAAAGGAGACCUGGAUGUCUCUGGUCCAAAGGUGGACAUUGAGGGUCCAGAGCUGGACAUUGAAGGGCCGGAGGGGAAGCUGAAGGGCCCCAAGUUUAAGAUGCCGGACAUGCACAUCAAGGCACCCAAGAUCUCCAUGCCCGAUGUUGACUUUAACCUGAAGGGCCCUAAGCUGAAGGGCGAUGUGGACGUGUCUGUCCCUAAGCUUGAGGGCGAUCUGAAAGGUCCUGAGGUAGACAUCAAGGGCCCCAAAGUGGACAUUGAGGCACCCGACGUGGAUAUUCACGGCCCGGAAGGGAAAUUCAAGAUGCCCAAGUUCAAGAUGCCCAAGUUUGGGAUGCCGGGGCUGAAAGGAGAAGGCCCGGAGGUGGACGUGAGCCUACCGAAAGGAGACCUGGAUGUCUCUGGUCCAAAGGUGGACAUUGAGGGUCCAGAGCUGGACAUUGAAGGGCCGGAGGGGAAGCUGAAGGGCCCCAAGUUUAAGAUGCCGGACAUGCACAUCAAGGCACCCAAGAUCUCCAUGCCAGACAUCGACCUAAAUCUGAAGGGCCCCAAGCUGAAGGGCGAUGUGGACGUGUCUGUCCCUAAGCUUGAGGGCGAUCUGAAAGGUCCUGAGGUGGACAUCAAGGGCCCCAAAGUGGACAUUGAGGCACCCGACGUGGAUAUUCACGGCCCAGAAGGGAAAUUCAAGAUGCCCAAGUUCAAGAUGCCCAAGUUUGGGAUGCCUGGCUUUAAAGGAGAAGGCCCGGAGGUGGACGUGAGCCUACCGAAAGGAGACCUGGAUGUCUCUGGUCCGAAGGUGGACAUUGAGGGUCCAGAGCUGGACAUUGAAGGGCCGGAGGGGAAGCUGAAGGGCCCCAAGUUUAAGAUGCCGGACAUGCACAUCAAGGCACCCAAGAUCUCCAUGCCCGAUGUUGACUUUAACCUGAAGGGCCCCAAGCUGAAGGGCGAUGUGGACGUGUCCGUCCCUAAGCUUGAGGGCGAUCUGAAAGGUGCCGAGAUGGACAUCAAGGGCCCCAAAGUGGACAUUGAGGCACCCGACGUGGAUAUUCACGGCCCAGAAGGGAAAUUCAAGAUGCCCAAGUUCAAGAUGCCCAAGUUUGGGAUGCCUGGCUUUAAAGGAGAAGGCCCGGAGGUGGACGUGAGCCUACCGAAAGGAGACCUGGAUAUCUCUGGUCCAAAGGUGGACAUUGAGGGUCCAGAGCUGGACAUUGAAGGGCCGGAGGGGAAGCUGAAGGGCCCCAAGUUUAAGAUGCCGGACAUGCACAUCAAGGCACCCAAAAUCUCCAUGCCCGAUGUUGACUUUAACCUGAAGGGCCCCAAGCUGAAGGGCGAUGUGGACGUGUCCGUCCCUAAGCUUGAGGGCGAUCUGAAAGGUGCCGAGGUGGACAUCAAGGGCCCCAAAGUGGACAUUGAGGCACCCGACGUGGAUAUUCACGGCCCAGAAGGGAAAUUCAAGAUGCCCAAGUUCAAGAUGCCCAAGUUUGGGAUGCCGGGGCUGAAAGGAGAAGGCCCGGAGGUGGACGUGAGCCUACCGAAAGGAGACCUGGAUGUCUCUGGUCCAAAGGUGGACAUUGAGGGUCCAGAGCUGGACAUUGAAGGGCCGGAGGGGAAGCUGAAGGGCCCCAAGUUUAAGAUGCCGGACAUGCACAUCAAGGCACCCAAGAUCUCCAUGCCCGAUGUUGACUUUAACCUGAAGGGCCCUAAGCUGAAGGGCGAUGUGGACGUGUCUGUCCCUAAGCUUGAGGGCGAUCUGAAAGGUCCUGAGGUGGACAUCAAGGGCCCCAAAGUGGACAUUGAGGCACCCGACGUGGAUAUUCACGGCCCAGAAGGGAAAUUCAAGAUGCCCAAGUUCAAGAUGCCCAAGUUUGGGAUGCCGGGGCUGAAAGGAGAAGGCCCGGAGGUGGACGUGAGCCUACCGAAAGGAGACCUGGAUAUCUCUGGUCCAAAGGUGGACAUUGAGGGUCCAGAGCUGGACAUUGAAGGGCCGGAGGGGAAGCUGAAGGGCCCCAAGUUUAAGAUGCCGGACAUGCACAUCAAGGCACCCAAGAUCUCCAUGCCCGAUGUUGACUUUAACCUGAAGGGCCCCAAGCUGAAGGGCGAUGUGGACGUGUCCGUCCCUAAGCUUGAGGGCGAUCUGAAAGGUCCUGAGGUGGACAUCAAGGGCCCCAAAGUGGACAUUGAGGCACCCGACGUGGAUAUUCACGGCCCAGAAGGGAAAUUCAAGAUGCCCAAGUUCAAGAUGCCCAAGUUUGGGAUGCCGGGGCUGAAAGGAGAAGGCCCGGAGGUGGACGUGAGCCUACCGAAAGGAGACCUGGAUAUCUCUGGUCCAAAGGUGGACAUUGAGGGUCCAGAGCUGGACAUUGAAGGGCCGGAGGGGAAGCUGAAGGGCCCCAAGUUUAAGAUGCCGGACAUGCACAUCAAGGCACCCAAGAUCUCCAUGCCCGAUGUUGACUUUAACCUGAAGGGCCCCAAGCUGAAGGGCGAUGUGGACGUGUCCGUCCCUAAGCUUGAAGGCGAUCUGAAAGGUGCCGAGGUGGACAUCAAGGGCCCCAAAGUGGACAUUGAGGCACCCGACGUGGAUAUUCACGGCCCAGAAGGGAAAUUCAAGAUGCCCAAGUUCAAGAUGCCCAAGUUUGGGAUGCCAGGGCUGAAAGGAGAAGGCCCGGAGGUUGAUGUAAAUCUACCUGAAGCUGAGGUUGCUAUUUCAGGUCCAAAGUUGGAUGUUAGCGGUCCUGAGCUGGACAUCGACGUUGCAGAAGGAAACCUAAAAGGCCCUAAAUACAAGAAGCCUGACGUGCAUUUCAGUGUUCCGAAAAUCUCUAUGCCAGAUAUUGAUUUAAAUUUGAAAGGCCCAAAAGUAAAGGCUGAUGUCGAUGCUUCUGUUCCAAAAAUAGAAGGUGAACUGAAAAGUCCUAAGCUAGACAUCAAGGGGCCAGAAAUUGAGGUUGAGACACCAAAGCUUGAUAUAGAAGGAAAACCUAAAAAAUCCAGGUUUAAACUUCCAAAGUUUGGCUUUUCUGGUCCUAAAGUGCCCAACUCUGAUGUGGAUGUGAAACUUAAAAAACCUGACAUUGAAAUAUCUGGUCCAAAAGUUGAUGUUCAUGCUCCGGAUGUGGACGUGCAGGCAAAGACAAAAGGAUCGAAGUUUAAAAUGCCUUUCCUGAGUAUUUCUUCCCCUAAAGUUUCAAUGCCGGAUGUGGAGCUAAAUCUGAAAGGGCAUAAACUGAAAGGAGAUUUAGAUGUUUCCAGUCCUAAGUUGGAAGGGGAAAUUAAAGGACCUGACAUUGAUAUCAAAGGCCCCAGAGUCAACAUUGAGGCACCUGAGAUGGAUAUUCACGGGCCAGAGGGUAAACUCAAAAUGCCCAAAUUCAAAAUGCCGAAAUUUGGCAUGUCUGGAUUUAAAGCUGAGGGGCCAGAGUUGGAUAUUAGCAUUCCAAAAGGGGACCUUGAUGUUUCAGGUCCCAAGCUGGGUGUGGAAGGUUCCGAAUUGGAAAUUGAAGGGCCAGAGGGGAAGCUCAAGGGCCCCCAAGUCAAGAUGCCAGAAAUGCACAUAACGGCACCCAAGAUCUCUAUGCCUGACAUUGACCUGAAUCUGAAAGGCCCCAAAGCAAAGGGGAAUGUGGAUGUCUCUCGUCUGGAAGGGGCGCUGAAGGGAUCCGAAUUAGAUAUAAAAGGACCAAAAGCAGAUGUACAGGUCCCUGACUUUGACAUUGAAGGCCCCGAAGGAAAACUGAAAGGACCCAAAUUUAAAAUGCCUGAAGUGAAUAUCAAUGCUCCCAAUAUUUCCAUGCCAGACUUUGAUUUGAAUUUGAAAGGCCCUAAGCUGAAAGGAGGUGUGGAUGUUGAUCUUUCAGUGCCCAAACCAGAAAGUGACUUGAGUGGGUCAGAAAUUAAUAUCAAAGGACCAAAAGUUGACAUCGAUGCGCCUGAACUGGAUGUUGAAGGGCCAGAAGGAAAAUGGAAAGGUCCCAAGUUUAAAAUGCCAGAGAUGCACAUAAAGGCUCCCAAAAUUUCAAUGCCUGAUAUUGACUUAAAUCUUAAAGGUCCUAAGCUGAAAGGAGACAUAGAUGUUUCUGCCCCAAAGGUGGAAGGGGAUUUUAAGGCUCCUGACAUCAAUAUUGGAGGCCCCAAGGUUGACAUUGAUGUGCCAGAUGUGGACAUUCAUGGCCCAGAGGGUAAAAUCAAAGUGCCCAAAUUCAAAAUGCCCAAAUUUGGAAUGCCUGGCUUCAAAGGGGAUGGCCCGGAGAUGGAUGUCAAUCUUCCAAAGGGGGAACUCGAUAUUUCCGUUCCCAAGGUGGACGUUGAUGCUCCAGAUCUGGACAUUGAAGGGCCAGAAGGCAAACUGAAGGGCCCUAAAUUCAAGAUGCCUGAGAUGCACUUCAAGGCACCUAAAAUAUCCAUGCCUGACAUUGAUUUGAAUCUGAAAGGUCCAAAGUUGAAAGGAGCAGCAGAUGUGCCAAAACUGGAAGGUGAUUUGAAAGGUCCUGAACUGGAAAUAAAAGGACCUGAAGUAGACAUAGAUGUUCCUAAUGUGGAUAUCGAAGGACCAGAAGGAAAAUGGAAAGGCCCCAAAUUGAAGAUGCCAGAGAUGCAUUUUAAAGCUCCUAAAAUUUCAGUGCCGGACUUUGAUAUGAACCUAAAAGGCCCGAAAGUGAAGGGGGAUGUGGAUGUGUCUGUGCCAGCUGUGGAAGGUGAGGUGAAAGUGCCAAAAGUUGAUGUUAAGGGCCCUGGAUUGGAUGUCAGCGCCCCAGAUGUUAAUAUUGAGGGCCCGGAAGGAAAGUUAAAGGGUCCCAAAUUUAAGAUGCCGGAGAUGCAUUUUAAAGCUCCCCAAAUCUCCAUGCCAGACUUUGAUCUGAACCUGAAAGGCCCCAAAGUGAAGGGGGAUGUGGACGUUUCUGUUCCAAAAAUCGAGGGUGAGUUGAAAGGCCCAGAAGUUGACAUCAAAGGCCCUAAACUGGAUCUCGAUGUUCCUGAUGUUGACAUGGAAGGCCCAGAAGGCAAACUGAAGGGCCCCAAAUUCAAGAUGCCUGAAAUGCACUUCAAGACACCAAAGAUCUCCAUGCCAGACAUUGAUCUGAACCUGAGAGGUCCAAAGCUGAAGGGAGACACAGAAGUUUCUGUGUCAAAACUGGAAGGCCCUGAGAUUGAUAUCAAAGGCCCCAAGGUGGACAUUGAGGGUCCAGAGCUGGACACUGAAGGGCCGGAGGGGAAGCUGAAGGGCCCCAAGUUUAAGAUGCCGGACAUGCACAUCAAGGCACCCAAGAUCUCCAUGCCCGAUGUUGACUUUAACCUGAAGGGCCCCAAGCUGAAGGGCGAUGUGGACGUGUCCGUCCCUAAGCUUGAGGGCAAUCUGAAAGGUCCUGAGGUGGACAUCAAGGGCCCCAAAGUGGACAUUGAGGCACCCGACGUGGAUAUUCACGGCCCAGAAGGGAAAUUCAAGAUGCCCAAGUUCAAGAUGCCCAAGUUUGGGAUGCCGGGGCUGAAAGGAGAAGGCCCGGAGGUGGACGUGAGCCUACCGAAAGGAGACCUGGAUGUCUCUGGUCCAAAGGUGGACGUUGAGGGUCCAGAGCUGGACAUUGAAGGGCCGGAGGGGAAGCUGAAGGGCCCCAAGUUUAAGAUGCCGGACAUGCACAUCAAGGCACCCAAGAUCUCCAUGCCAGCCUUUGAUCUGAACCUGAAGGGCCCCAGUGUGAAAGGAGACUUGGACAUGUCGGUGUCACAAAUGGAAUGUGAACUGAAAGGCCCGGAAGUUGACAUUGGAGGGCCUAAGUUAGACAUAGGUGCCCCUGAUGUAGAUAUAGACAGCCCAGAGGGUAAAUUCAAGCUGCCUAAAUUCAAAAUGCCCAAGUUUGCAAUGUCUGGCUUCAAAGGAGAGGGGGCAGAUGUGAAUGUGAACCUGCCCAAGGGAGACGCUGAAAUUUUUGGCCCUAACAUAGAUAUAGAGGCUCCCGAUUUGAAUAUGGAAGGAAAAUUGAAAGGUCCCAAAUUUAAGAUGCCUGAAAUGCACAUUAAGUCUCCUAAGAUCUCUGUCCCUGAUGUUGACCUCAGUGUGAAGGGGCCUCAACUGAAAGGAGAUGUAGAUGUUUCUGGACCCACCUUUGAAGGAGAUUUGAAAACACCCAAAAUUGAUGUGAAAGCCCCCAAACUAGACAUUGAUGCGCCUGCUAUGAACAUUGAAGGGCCAGAGGGGAAGCUGAAAGGCCCCAAAUUCAAGAUGCCAGAAAUGCAUAUCAAGACACCCAAGAUCUCCAUGCCUGAUGUUGACUUUAAUCUGAAAGGCCCCAUGCUGAAGGGAGACAUGGAUAUCUCUGCAACAAAGUUGGAAGGGGAUUUGCAGUGUCCGGAAGUUGACAUCAAAGGCACAAAAUUGGAUGUUGAGGCACCUGACAUUAACAUUGAAGGGCCAGAUGGAAAACUGAAAGGGCCCAGAAUCAAGAUGCCAGACAUGCAUGUCAAGACUCCCCAGAUCUCUAUGCCAGACAUAGACCUGAACCUAAAGGGACCGAGGCUGAAAGGCAAUGUUGAUGUUCCAUGUCCAAAGCUCGAGACGGAUUUGAAAGCUCCUGAAAUUGAUGUUAAGGGCCCCAAAAUCGAUAUUGAGUGCCCGGAGGUUGAUGUUCAUGGUCCGGAGGGAAAACUGAAAAUACCUAAAAUGAAGCUGCCACAGUUCGGCAUGCCUGGCUUUAAAGGGGAAGGCGCUGAGGUGGACGUGAACCUGCCAAAGACAGAGGUCGACCUUUCAGGUCCCGAGGUAGAUAUCAGUGUCCCAGAUGUAAGCAUCGAAGGUCCUGAAGGAAAACUGAAAGGGCCUAAACUUAAGAUGCCAGAAAUGCAUGUAACCGUUCCUAAAAUCUCAAUGCCUGAUAUAGACUUGAAUUUGAAAGGCCAUAAAACAAAGGGAGGCUUUGACAUUACGUCCCUGAAGACUGAGGGUAAUCUGAAGGGUCCUGAAGUCGAUAUGAAAGUCCCGGAAUUUGGAGUCAAAUGUCCUGAAGUUGAUGCUGAGGGUCCCGACAUGAACGCUGAGGGCCUGGAGGCGAAUGUCAAACUUCCCAAGCUUAAGAAACCAAAGUUUGGGUUUGGUGUGAAAAGCCCAAAGGCAGAAAUCAAGAUUCCAGGUGCAGAGGUGGAUUUCCCGGAGGCUGAACUGAAUGUGGACUCUCCUGAUGUCAGCAUUUCUGGAAAAGGUAAGAAGAGCAAAUUCAAGAUGCCUAAACUUCAUAUGAGUGGUCCCAAAGUUAAAGGAAAGAAAGGUGCGUUCGAUGUGAAUGUCGCCGGUGGAGAGCUCGAUGCAAAUUUGAAAUCUCCAGAUCUGGAUAUGAAUGUAGCUGGUCCAGAUGUGACAAUAAAAGGUGAUGUUAGUGUGAAGUCCCCCAAAGGAAAGAAACCCAUGUUUGGGAAGAUCUCUUUCCCAGAUGUUGAAUUUGAUCUUAAAUCACACAGAUUCAGAGGGGAUGCUUCUGUGGCAGUCCCAAAAAUAGAAGGGGAACUUAAAGUACCUGAUCCAGAAGUCGCUGUGUCAACUGUCAAAGGUGAGGUUAAAGGCCUGAGUCUCAAUAUGGAUGCUGAAGCUCCUGACAUGAGUCUGAAGAAACCGAAACUCAAACUUCCCAGUGGGCAGGUGGUUGUAGGUGACUCAAAAAUCGAGGGUGACCUAAAAGGAUCUACCAUUGACACUUCUGUUCCUUCGGUCCCAGUGCCAAACCUUGACCUAAGUGUGAAAGGACCAAAACUAAAAGGUGAAGUCAGUGUUCCUGCAGUAGAACUGGAAGGUCCAGAAGGAAAGCUGAAAUUGCCCAAGGUCUCAUUGCCCAAGAUGGGGAAACCAGGUCUCAGUAUGGAAAGGCCUGAUGCGAGCUUGGACGUCUCAGCCACAACAGUGGAAGGAAGCGUGAGCCUCCCUUCAGCUGAUGUGAGCCUCGGAGGUGUUGAUACAAAACUAAGAGGACCCAAAGUCUCUCUACCCGAUUUUGAUGUAAACCUGAAAGGACCAAAAAUAAAGGGAGAUCUGGAUGUUUCAAGCUCCAUUGAAGGGCCAAAGGUCUGCCUGGACGCACCAGAUGUUGACAUUGGAGGUUGUGAAGGAAAGCUUAAAAUGCCAAAGUUUAAAUCCCCCACUGUGGAGGGACCUGAUCUGAGUAUGAAAGGAGGUGUCGGAUGCUCCAUCCCACAAAUGGAGGUAGACAUAAAAGCCCCAGGUGCGAAUGUCGAUCUCGGCAUCCCAAGUGUUGAUAUCAAAGGGCCCUCGGCAGACAUUUCUGCUCCGGACUUUGAUGUAAACCUGAAAGGACCAAAGUUGAAAGGAGAUCUUGAUGUUUCUUCUGGCAUUAAAUCUCCCAAAGUAUCUGUGGACGCACCAGAUGUUGGCUUUGAAGGCCUGGGUGGCACAAUUAAGCUCCCUUCCCUCAAAAUCCCCCAGUUUGGCAUUUCCAGCCCUUGCAUUGAGGGAUCUGAUAUGGGCAUCAGUCUUGAAGGACCGCAAGCUAAAGGAGGCCUUAAGGGCUCAGGGGUUGAUGUUGGGUUGGGAGGACCUGAUGUGGAAUUGAAAGGGCCUAAAUUUCAAAUGCAAUCGCCUGGUGUUUCCUUGCAUGAUGUUGAUUUGAAGUUGAAAGGACCAAACAUACGGGCUGACAUAGAUGCUGCCAGUGAAAUCAAAGGUCCAAAAAUCGGAAUGGAAGUGUCUGACAUCGAUGUUAAGAAGUCUGGAGUGGGCGUCCACCUUGACGCUCCCGUCUUUGAUGUGUCUGCGCCAAAACUUUCCACGUCUGAUUUUAAUGUAAAUUUAAAAGGGCCUAAGAUCAAAGGUAGUGCCACCCUUUCUGGAGACAUGUCGGCACCUACUGUGAACGCUGGUGGGGGUGCUUUUCAUGUUACUGGACCAAAGGUAGGAAUCGGAGGUCCCAGCAUCAGUGCGAGUGUCCCACAAGGUAGCCUGGAAAGUAGCCUAGGAAAAGUAUCGUUCCCCAAGCUGAGAAUGCCUAAAUUUGUAUUUUCAGACCCUGAGGUGAAGGGCAGAGAGGUAGGGGUUGACGUAGAGUUCCCUCGGGCAAACGCUAGCCUUCAUGCUGGUGCCAUAGAGCUCGAAGACCCAGACAUCAGACUAAAGAAAUCCAAAAUCAAAAUGCCGAAGUUCAAUUUUUCAAAACAGAAGGGAAAGAGCGGCAGUGCCACAGGCUCCUCAGAGGCUUCUGGGUCCAUUUCAGGAUCGAAAGGAGAUCUGAAGAGUUCCAAGGUGAGCCUGGGGUCUGCAGAGGGUGACCUAGAUGUAGGAGAGGGCUCAUCGGCCAAAGGGAAAUUUUCCCUCUUUAAAAGUAGGAAAACACGUCAUCGGUCAUCGUCCUUCAGUGAUGACCAUUCUUCCCAUUCAACACCCACAGGAACCCUGGAGCUUGAUGUCAGCGCAGACGCUGACAAAGGGAAGCAGGCCAAAAUGAAAUUUGGAACGUUUGGGGGAAUAGGGUCAAAAACUAAAGGCUCUUACGAGGUAACGGGAAGUGAUGAUGAGACGGGAAAGAUGCAGGGUAGUGGGGUCUCAUUAGCAUCCAAAAAAUCGCGCCUGUCAUCCUCCUCAAGCAAUGACAGUGGCACGAAGGGUGGCUUUCGCAUGCCUGCAGUGGAGCUGACGGUUGCGAAAAAGAAAGAAUAGUGUGUCUGUACAUAAGUGCCUGUGUAUAUAGAUGGCCCUUCCUGGGUUUGUAUAUACAUUUUGUAGCUUGGGAUACUUUCAACCUCAGCAACAGAAUGAGCAAGGUCUGGCAGGAAACAUCAUAUCCUGCACUGCCCGUGUGGCAGAGGAGUGCUUAUGGGUGAGUGACAGAGAAAUUGAGGGGUCAGAAGGGCGGUGGGGAUUGGGAAGAGAGGUGAGAUGGAUGCAUAGUCCAUCUAAUGCAUUUGGAAGCUUCUCUGUGCUUGAAACUUUGGUUUGUGCAUGAAACGCUGAGAGCUUAAGUUUACUAGCAAGCUGUUUUGAUAUUUUUCAUUUUACUGAAUAUUUUCAGUGUUUGGUUCAUGGAAAUCUUUUUUCCAUUUUAAUGAUCUUUUUGGCUUUUAUUUGUGGGGCUUAAAUUUCUGUCACAAAAAUGGGUAUAUUGAAAACACUGUAAAAUAUAGCUGCAACUGAGAUUGUCAAUUUAAUUCCUAUUAUGGGGUAGAAAAAAAAUAAUCCAAGUAUUUCCCAUGGUUUUGUUGCUUAAGGGCAUGAUAUCAAAUAACCUCAGGAGUUGUGCAGUGAGAUUGAAAGGACAGUUAAAUGAGCAAGUAGCUGACCCAGUUUGUGCAGGGAGUAUGUCUCAAAGAUUAUUGCAAAUUGCCACUAGAUGACUGGGCAUGAUUUUAUUGAUGUGUUCUUUGUUGCCUCUAUACGUUUGUUUUAUUAUUUGUAUUAUAAGAGAAAACUCGUCUCAGUUGUGGCAUAAAAACUUGCAAUGGCCACUCUUCUGAUAUUUGUUAUAAUUUCUGUUAACAAGUGUAUCUCAAAUUAAAAAAAAAAACAACUUUUCAGCACUUUAAUGGCAAAUUAAUUGAGAAUGUAAGAAGAAUGGUCUUGUAAAAUGCAAAUAAAAAGUUUAUUAACCGUGA